AUGUCUACUUCUCUACAAGGCACGGGCAACUUCCGAGUGCCAGAAGUUUCACAGGAAGAGAUAAGCUCAUUUCACGACGCGCACUUCUCUCUCGCAGCUACCAAACUCUUCAAUGUCCAGUUCUUCCGACCGGAAAACACGCAAGAUGAACAAGACGAAAAUCAGUACUAUGAGGAAUAUGAAGAAUAUUACGAAGGAGAGGAUGACGGCUUAGGCUAUUAUCCAGAUGGAGUCAAACGCACGCUUACGGAUGAGCAAAUCGCUAUAUUUCGACAUUCUGAAAUUGAAGCCCUUCGCCGUGCUAAGACUAGACCCGCUAAGCUCGGAGAGACGUCGACCGCACCGUUGCAAGCGGCCGAGGAAGAUGAUUGCACAUCUACCACCGAGCCUAAUCCCGACUCGAUAGCAAUAUCGUUGCCUACGAUGUCGGAUGAGAGUUAUGGGAAAUGCAAAGGGAAGGAAGAAGAAGAGGCGCAGGAUGGUAGCGAGGACGGAGAAAUCGAAGAAGAGAUGCCGAAGCCUACCGAAGCUGAAGUCAAGCGAGAGAAAAAGCAACGCGCGAGACGAAAGAAGCAUGAACAGCGCAAGUUCCACCCCGAGAAGAAGCCCGAUCUCCGAAAGAGGACGUGGGAUGUAGUCGAGACUGGUAUGGACAGUCUGUACUACGAUGACGAAACGGCUCAAGACGCGGCUGCCGCUCCCGCAGCACAGAGGCGAAGGAUCUCAUACGAUGAUUGA